AUGUCGAACAUUUCCUUUCUCCCCGUGAAUUUCAAUGCAAUACCAUCGUUCACAUCGAAACCGGAGCCAGCUUCAUCAAUAUUUGCAUCAGUAUCCAACGAAAAUUGUGGCGAAAACCAGGAAUUGGCCAAAAGCCACAAGAUUCAAUAUUUGGAAAUGAUCUUCGGAGCUUUGUUAGUGGGAAACGAGCUGAUUCCAAGUCGAAUGAAGAUUCUGGUUGAUCAGAUUGUUGAGUAUUUCAAUCUGGAGGAUGUGAUCCGAGUUUUGAGUAAGAGUGGUUGGAGUUUGGACGAUUUGCAGCGAGGUUAUUUGGUAUGUUAUACUUGGUAUUGAUUUUGAGGUCAAAAUUUUUUAUUUUAUUAGUGAUUCCAAACUUUGAAAUGUAAAAGUAUAGCAAAUUGUAAGAUUUUUGACGAAAAAAGCAGUAAACAAUAUUGAUUUAGACAAAUGUUAUUUUAAGCAAGAUUUUUUUUUAUUUUAAAAAAACAAGUAUUUUUACUUAACAGUAUACUCUAUUUGGGUCCCGCCACGAAAACCUGAUUUUUGCAAUUUUUGGUUUUUCAAUAUAAAAAUCGUCUCUAUAACCUUGAUUUUGCAGGUAUCCGACAGCCCGACGUUUAAAUGUGUUGGAAUUAAGAGUGAACUGACAUUGUUUCACGUGAUCGGCUCUUUGUUUCCUGAUUUGGCCUCAACGGCCGACAAGCUGCGCAACUCUUUGUUGGAGUCGUUGAUGGGCAACACCGGCAACGUAUGCAACAACUCACAGCAGCUUUUACCUGUCGCGAGUACUAGUGCUGUUUUGGAUCAUUGUAAGUUUUGUUUUUGGUUCAAAAAUGCUUGUUUUUGGUAUAAAAAAUGUUUAAAUGGUACUGUUGGUACAUUUUUUGAGGUUUUGAGGUUGAAUAUGGUACUAAUGGUACUAUUUUGAGGCACGAAAUAGCUUUUUUGGAUAAAAAGCUGUUAAUAGUACCAUAAAAGGUAGAGAUUUUACUGAAAAAAAAAACUUUUGUUACCGGAAGUUGGUCUUGCUACAUUUUUUUUGGAUUUCGAAGUAUAAAUUGGUACUAAUAAUACAAAAAGUACUUUUUUGAAGAGAAAAGUGGCAAUGGUACUAUUAAGAAAAGGUUUUACAUGAAAAAUGGUUUUUUAUUGAAAUAGGUACUGUUGGUACACUUUUUGGAUUCAGAUUUUUAAAAUGGUACUAGUUGUUUAAAUAUGAGCUUUUUUUUGUUUAAAUUGGUUAAAUAGUACCAUCAGGAGUAUCUUUUAAUUGAAUAACGCGUUUUUAUUGAAUUGGUAUUUUUGGUACACUUAGUACACUUUACGUUAAAAAUUCCAAAUUUUUAUUUUUGGUACUCUUGGUACCCUUUAUGUUUUUAAAAAAUUCAAAAUUUUUACUUUCGGUACAGUUUUUUUCUUUUCUUGUGCAUUAAAACGCCUGAGGCGCUCUCUUUUUCGUGGAUUUGUUUCAAUAUUUGAUUGAUCCGGAAAAAAAGAGGAGAUCAGCGACCUGUUGAGCUGGAAAAUAAAAAAAAAGUCGUUUUAGUGGAAACAACAGGCGCCACUCAAGAAGGUCCCUCAUCCAGCAGGACCUCGUCCACUUUCCCUCCGGCAUUCAGUCCUCUCGAGGUCAGUGAAAGGUCCGAAAAGGUGAGUUAUAGUUGGGCAGAAGGCCUCAGGGCUUCUUGUUUUGUUUUGAAGGGCCUAGGCUUGAGUGGUUUUUGAUUUUUUUGGCUUAGGCUUAGGUUUUGUGCCUAAGGUUUUAUGUUUACUUUACAAUUUGAAAUAAAUCAUUUUAAUUUUAAAAAUUUAAAUUAAAGUUUCAGUCCCGUAUCUUCAAAUCGACCAAACGCCGAGUCCAAUGCCAUACCUGUGGUCGGAGCUUUUGUGACAAAGGUGCAUUAAAGAUCCACAAUUCGGCGGUACACUUGAAAGAGACCCAUACCUGCACAGUGGAGGGAUGUGGCAGGGUAUUCUCAUCAAGGAGGAGCCGAAACCGCCAUUCUGGAAACCCAAAUCUACACACAGCACUGACUAUGAAAAGAAGUGGCAGUUCGAGUGUGGAACAGACUCUCAAGUGCACUGUACCUGCUUUUAUGGUAGGGGGUUUCCAAUUUUGAUUUUUUUGGUUUUGGUCAUUUGGGCAGGGUAGGAUAAGUAGAGUAGGGUAACGUAAGGUAAAUUAGGGUAGGAUAGGGCAGAGAAUGAUAAAGUAGGAUAGGUUGGGUUAGGUUAGGACAGGGUCGAAUAAAGUAGGGUAGGGUAGGACAGGGUCAGGUAAAGUAAGGUAAGGUAUAGUGGGGUAGGGUAAACUUGGGUAAGGUAAGGUAGGAUAAGAUAGGUCAUGAUACAGUGGGCAUGUCAGUGUAAUUUAUGGUAGAAGGGUAGGGUAAAUUCUAGAAAAAAAUUAAAUAUAAAGGCAGGGUAAAUUUGAAAGUAAAGCCAACAUAAGGGUGUGGUAGAUUUUAUAUAAACAUAGCUUUCUUUGGGUUGGUCAAUUUGGGUAUAUAGAGAAGAUGUAGCGAGGGUAAGAUAGGCUUUUCUCAGAUCUGACUUAACGUGAGCAAAGGUAUGUCUACAUGGGUAAGGUAGGAUGAUGUAGGAGGAUAGGAUAGAAUAUGGCGUGGUAGGGUUGGGUAGGGUAGGCUGGGGGUAUUAUAGGUUGGGGUAGGGUACGGCAGAGCAGGGUAAGAUUAAUUUUUUUUAUUUUAAGGGGUAGAGUAAUGUAGGGUAGAGUAGGGUAGGCUAGGAUAGGAUAGGUUAGAGUAGGGUUUUUAUAGUUUUAAGAUUUUAAAAUCGAAUUUUCAGCCUACUGCUAAUCCAAAUGUAAUGUCACUAUUCUCUCGUCUGACUUCACCAAUGGACGACAUUCAUCGAGAAUCUCCCAACAAGUCUAACUCAUCAACAAGUUCAAGUGUUUGCGAUGAUUCGAUCACUUCAAAGUGAGUUUUGAAAGUUUAAAAUUUAAAAAAAAUGAUUAAAUUUUUUUAAAAAUUUUUAAAAAAAUUGUAAAAAAGCUUAAUUCUUGCUAUUUCCAGUACCCAAUUGAAUGUGGACGAAAUGUCAAAACAAUUGGAGAAGGUCCGACAGUUUUUGACCUUAAAUACUUCAGUUUUAAUCAACUGA